AUACGCGUGGAAUGCUGGGAUAUCUGUUAACGAUGUCGUGUUGCUUCGCUCGGCGCAGUUUGGGAAGUGCAGCGGUAUUUGGGAGAAAUUUAUCAAUUAUGAUGUGUUGGGAAAGUGAAGACACAAUAUUUGCGAAUGCGCGAAUGAAGCGUUCGUCCGCACGUGUUGUAGGCUGAAGCUCGCGCACUCGGCAGAGCGAGUUCUCCAAACCGUUCGGUGGCACGCUCGCCACCCCGUCUCCGCAUAUUGGAGCUUCUUUUCGGCGGUGUCUUGGCGCCCCUUGUUUACGCGUGCUGUCCACACGGUUAUGAGGCCCGUGCCCGGCGUUGGGGUCAUGCUUUUGCGACGGUGGCCGCUCGGACUCGCAGUCUUCUAGAGAAGCGCCGCAUAGCUGUAAACCGAGGCCCGCAUCUGUCAACAUGUCGACAGUCAUGAAGCUGUCUUCGCACGAUCGGAAAGAACUGGAGAAGUUCACCCUGUUCCUGUCUUGCAAGUCCGUUCAAGUCAUCGUGCAGUCUCGACUGGGCCAGAAGCAAAAGACGCAGUGCAAAGCGGAGGCCUCGAACUCGGACUGGCAGUUCAACUUGGAUAUACCGGACGAGGACGAUGUCCAGCUACAACUGAACGAAGCCAUGGCCGGCCAGAUUCCAGAGCCUGGCGGGCCUAGCCUCUGUACGGAGAUUUCACUCAAGACUGUUGACGGCGACACACUGGUGUUGGAAGUGUGGCAGCUGUCUGUGAGCAAUGUCUGUGACUCUUCCGUCCGGGCCACUUACACCGUCUACAACCGCAUGAGCAUUGUGCUGAAAUCACUCAUUACGAUCACGCGGGUGAUGCCGGCGUACCGGCUUUCACACAACCAAAGUCGGGAUUCCUACAUCAUAUGCUUCAACGUCUACAUGGGGGAGCCCCAGCUGGAUGUGCUGGGCGAGGACUACAAGCGCGUACAGGUGGGCCAAGUGGGCAUGCCCACAGGAACGCUGACCCUCGGAGUGGACUACCGCACCAAGAUGACCAUCUCCCCUCAACAGGCCAUCAACCAGGCUCACCCUGCCAUGAUGCUUAAGAGCGACUACUUCAAGCCAGACCUCAGUCCACGGGGUAUGCGGAUGCGUCCCAGCACGGACAUAGCAACUGAUGCCGUAAAGCGAAGCGACAAAGACUUGCCUCCAGAAGGGAUCAGGAGGCAAAGCGGCGUUGCAGGUCACAACGGAUGUUCUAAUGGGCACAAAGAUGGGGGUGACAUUCUGGGUGAAAUGCACCAGGGUGCCUUUGCCCCUCCUUGCCCGCGAAAUCUCAAGGAGAUUGCAGACAGGGUGGAUGAGAGUCCCUGGCCUAUGCCUAAGCCCGCCUUCUCCUCACUGCUAUCCAUGCCCGCCAAGUCAACCGCAAGUAGCAACUCUCGAUCAGAAGAGGACACUGACUCUGACGUCAACGAGCCCCUUGUGGAGCCCCGGGAGGUGCUGCUGCCAACCGAGGACUUCAUCCUUGUUGAAUUGAAACCUCCAUUUGCCGAUGGUGAGGAAGGUGGCACUGAUUUGGGAACAUUCUUCCAGGAAUGCCAGAGCGCGCCGAUGCUAUCUUCAUUUUCCUGCCAGCCAACACUAGAGCAGCAAGUAUCCGAAAUUAGCGCACAUUUGGCCGCACUGGAGUCCAGUCUGCCCGACCUUGAUCAGUUCGUCGAGUCUGUUUGCCAAAGUGAUUCCCUGAAGUGAAAGCUCGGGUGUCAGUGUCAAAUGUGGAAUGUGAUGAAAAGACAUUCUCAGGCCAUUGGUGAGGACUGUGCUGGGAGAGAUUCCAUGUCUCGCUGCAAUGGUUGAAGGAUUGUUCAGAACACUAGUAUCAUGAGAACGUUUUCAUCGUGGUGUGCUCAGUCAUGGACAAGUACUAAAGUACAAAGUGCAUGCUAAGAAUGAAAAAGAGAGAGAGAGAACAGACAUCCCAUGUAAGCAGAAAAAAAAAAGCAUUGUGACUCUGUAACAGAUUGAGCUUGAUGCGACUCCCAGUUGUGGGGUGUCAGUGAGGUCACUGAAGCACAACACUAGUGGUUGCUGCAUGGGACAAGGCUAGGCAAUGGCAAUGAUGUUGCAGAGUUGUGUUUUGGUGCUUCUGCUUAGUAAGUACUUGUAUUUAAUGGACAGGUUCUUUCUCCACAGACAUACCCUAUGAAUGAGUUUUUGUCUCAUCGGUUGAAACAUGACUGCCCUUGCACUAAACAUUUUUGUCAUAGCAUUUUGAAGGUAGGUAUAGGGAUGUUACAAUGAGUCAUUAUACCCCAUAGACAACUUAUCGCUGCCUAGUUUUUGUCAGCUGCAUUAGCCUUCCAUGCUCUAUCGGUGCAGUGCAUACAGCUUUGCACAACUGCAGUGGUAUGAGUCACGCAUCACUGCAGCAAGUGCACCGAGCUGCGCUUACAAAGCUGGAUUCAGAGUGCUCCUUCAUGUGAUUCAGUCUGUUGCAUGAAGGGGAAUGAUGAAAAGUUCCGGAUGUCCUCCUGCUCAUUGUCAGAGUCCGUGGUACCAGUGUACAGAUAAACCUUGAUGUAACGAAAUUGACUAAUUUGCAGAAAAAUUAACUUUAGAGAGAAUUUUGUUAUAUGCAGGUUUAGUAUGAAAAUUUGUAAAAUAAACGCUCAAAUUAAACAAAAGGGGAACUCAAGGCAAAGUUCAUCCAAAAUGUUUAUUUAGCGGUAAAAAAACUGCAUUGUUAUUGUGAUAGAAAUUAUAUGGACAUUCUCGACGGCUUUUCGCCAUUGCUGCCAUGUUCCGUAACAAGUCCGAAUUGAUAACAUGCCUCCGCGCUUUGUAAUUUUGACGAGCGAGUAAAAGCGCGCGAGCGCUGCUGAAGCAGGAAUAAAAUGAGCCGGCCCAUCUCUAUUGCUUGAAGGGCGCAUAAAAUAACGUCCCCGCAUGUUAGAACUGCCGUCAAAUGCUCAAAUGGAAAGGACACGGUAUGAAUGAGCAUGAAUAAACGCGGGGAGGAAGGGGGCUGCUCGAAUAUUAACGGUGAACUUUAAAAUUAAGGACGCAGUUGUGAUCGCUGGCACGUGUGCUAUCUCGGCAAGCAUCAGACUGUUUUCAACGUGAAGAGACUGUGUGAAAGGAGCAAAUCUCUAGAGCAGCCGUAUCUUCUGGCAACAGCGUUUUGUAGGAGUUCUGCAGUAUCAGGUCCAGAAAAGUUGGCUGCCAGCCUUAUUUCGUAUAACAUUACAAUUUGUUGCUAUCGCAUUCAUUGCAUUGAACGCGCCGUUGUGUUGUUGCCAAAGCUAAUCAGCUGAUCGCGAAGGCUACAGGAUUUCGAACUCGUGGCUCAAACACAAACGCGUGGUGAAUCGAUCUCCAAAGAUCCAUCAUUGUCACCGUGGUAUUGAAAAGUUUCCAUCAGUGCCUAAUUUUACAUCCCCUCGGUAGUGACGGCACAGUUGUUUGUAUUUGUAUAAAAAAAAAGAGGCAAAGCUGAACAUCGUCGGGGGCCACACCAUGUGCGCGCAGUGAAACCGCUCACGCGCGCGCGGCGUCAAAAACAAAUAGCGAAUGACACGGAUACCGCGGAAAACUAUUCGAUAAAGUUCCCUCCAUGUCCAGUGUGGCCUCACAUAUGUGGCGCUAGCUUAAAGGUGACACUUCCAACGAAAAUUUUUUUCUUUUGGUUUGGGGGGGGGGGGGGGCACAUUCGUGCGUGCGCCCGCGGUAGUGAGAACAGCGGCAACGCUGGCCGUGAGGUGCAGGUGCGCCUGCUCGCCUCGUGUGCACACCUGCACGCCAUAACGAGCGCUCGCUCUCGCCUGGAAGUCGCUGGAACCAGGAGCACUUCGGCGGCGGGGCAAUUGUGGAAGAUGCAUACUCGCGCCAAAAUUACAAAGUGUGGGGCAAAAUUCCAAGAUUGCCUGUGGCGAAAAUUCGUUAAAUCAAGCUUGUCUCCCGCUGUUACUGUGUUACAUAGAGGUCCCAAAUACAUGUGCUUCUAUAGAGCAAGGGUGGAGAAUAUAAAAACUUCAUUAUAUCGAGGAAUUUGUUACAUGGAGGUCCAUUAUAAGCAGGUUUAACUGUAGUAGUGUAAAUCACUUCUACCAGACUGUUUCUUGUCGGGCAUUGAUUCUAUUCCAUGCUGCCUAAGAUGUUAGGGACUUUCCUAUUGCUGUUAUCGCCAGGGGCUGCCAGCAUCAUAUUGGACAUUGAAUUUCUGUGCACUGCUCAUUCAUUACUUCUAAAAGAAUUGUAGCCAUUGAUCACCAUGUAUGAAUGUGUGUGAAUGUCAGUGAAGAUAUUGAGAACUGAAAGGAAUUGUUGGACACUGUACAAUGCUAUGGGUUCCCUGCUGUGAGCAGAGGAACAUGGCGUGGCAUCCCAGUGACUGUUGAAAGAAGAUUCUUGGGGCCAACGAUAAACUAUACUAGGUUUAUGGCUGGUUCCUAAAUUGGUUUGGGUCAUUGGAAAAAAGAAAAGUGUGAUCAACACUGUGUAAAGUGUCUGUUUAUGAGUGCACGGCAUCUCAACUGAGGAUGAAACAAUUUUGCUGAAGUGCGAGGUAAGUUCGAUGCAUGAUACCAGACCCUCUCCAAGCAGCAGGAAUGUAAGUUACGUUGAAGCUUAUGUCAGUACACGAUGCCAGUUAUUGAAGUCGGGAAGCAGUUGCACCGGAAUUUGAACUGCCUGAGACCAUGUUGCAAUGACAGAUUAUGUGAGCACUGUGCUAUCAUUGAAUAUGACCUGCAACAUGCGAGCACAUAAACUGCUCGGUCUAGGUCAGACCGAGUGGGAUAGUUAAUGGCAUACGCAUAAUCACAAGGUCUCUGAACUCUCCAAUUGUCGCUGGUCGGCUACCUGUCAUGUCUGACAUCUGAAGAAGUUUACAUAUAAUGUAACAAGUGUUGCAGGGCCCCCUUUAAUUCACUGGUUACUUGUGAUAAUGAACGUACUGAGCUAUGCUUCCAAAAGGGAGUGUGAAGACAAGUAGUAAUAAGGUCUCGCCGCAACCAAACUCUGCCUUCUUGCGGGUCUAUUAUGCACAACGAUUGUGCGGGUCUAUUAUGCACAACACUGCUUACAUGGGGUGCAGAGAGAAUGCUGUGUAGGUCUGGAGGGAGGGCCUACUACAAUACAUCGCUGAAGUGUGUAUGUCUGCGUAAACGACGCCAAGUCUUCACGCAGCUGUUGCAUUUUGGCAUUUGAUCAAUGCAAAGAAGCCACUCUUUCAUUCUUCCUAUCUUCUUUUCCUGUAGUAUGCAAGAUUGUCAAAAUCAUUUUCCUUUUGUGAUAGCUGUGUAUGGUUGGCCAUAUAGUUGAACAAACUGCGUAAAGCAUUGUUGCAAAAAGAUUGCCUGCUUACUCUGGUUCAAGCAAGCGAACUGGUGACACUGUUUGUUCUAAAAAUGACGAGUUGUGUUGAAAUUGAGAUGUCGUGAUUUUAUAUAUAUAAGGAUAUGCCUGCAUCACUGUUCUCGAACCCGGUUAAAAUUUAAGUAUCGUUUGCUGUUGGUGAUAAUUCUUGUGUGACUAUUACUGCUAUUAUUCAGUACAUAUCUUGCAAUGAUCACUAAAAUGUACAUGGUGCUGCCAAGUUAGGUUUGACAUGUUGAUGAUGGCCAUGUUUCUUAGUAGUGUGACUUGCCCUGCUACAUAUUUCUGUCUGCAUCUGUCAAUAAAUGUGGCCAAAAGAGGA